CAAACAAUGUCACCAACCAUUACUCAUGUGUUAUUACCUCUUAUUCUUGGGAUUGUGUUGGCUGAACCAACUCAAGCAAUCAAACAGUCGUAUAUUGUAUACUUAGGAUCACAUUCUUUUGGUCCAAAUCCUUCUUUGGUUGAUCUUGAAUCUGUCACAGACUCUCACCAUGAUUUCCUUGGAUCUUACCUGGGAAGCAUCGAAAAGGCCAAGGAAGCAAUCUUUUAUUCUUAUAAUAGAUAUAUCAAUGGGUUUGCUGCAGUACUUGAGGAAGAUGAAGCAGCAAAUAUUGCAAAGCAUCCCAGUGUCGUAUCAGUUUUCUUAAACAAAAAACGAAAGUUACACACAACGCAUUCAUGGAAUUUUCUUGGGUUAGAGAGAAAUGGUGGAUAUCCUGAGACCUCAGCAUGGCGAAAGACAUUGGGUGAAGAUGUGAUCAUUGGAAACCUUGACACAGGUGUUUGGCCCGAAUCCAAGAGCUUUAGUGAUGAAGGGUUAGGACCCAUCCCAAAACGGUGGCGUGGAAUAUGUCAAACGCAUAAAAAAGCUAAAGAUAAAUUUCAAUGCAACAGGAAGCUUAUUGGAGCAAGAUAUUUUUACAAAGGCUAUGAGGCAAAUUUUCAGAUAAAACUGAAUGAGUCAUUGCUUAGUGCACGUGACAAUGAAGGCCAUGGUUCACAUACUUUGUCAACAGCUGGUGGUAGCUUUGUUCCUGGAGCUAGUGUUUUUGGCAUUGGAAAUGGAACAGCAAGUGGUGGAUCACCAAAAGCUCGAGUUGCGGCAUAUAAGGUGUGCUGGCCAAAUCCUAUCCCGUUCGGUGGUGGAUGUUUUGAUGCAGACAUUAUGGCUGCUUUUGAGGCAGCCAUAAGUGACGGGGUUGAUGUGCUUUCAAUGUCUUUGGGAUCGGAGGCCCAUGAUUAUUUCGAAGACGGUAUUGCCAUAGGAUCCUUCCAUGCAGUUGCCAAUGGCAUAGUAGUAGUGGCUUCUGCAGGAAAUUCAGGACCUCUUCCUGAAUCUGUAUCCAACAUUGGACCAUGGAUGCUCACAGUCGCUGCAAGCACAAUUGAUAGAGACUUCGCUAGUUAUGUUACACUUGGUGACAAGAAAAUCAUCAAGGGAGGUAGCCUUUCAGAGUAUGGAUUAUCAUCUGAUAAGGCGUACCCAUUGAUUAGUUCUGCUGAUGCCAAAUAUUUCAAUGGUUCUAUUUCGGAAGCACUCAAUUGCCAGGAUGGAAGUCUUGAUCCUGAGAAGGUGAAGGGGAAAAUAUUGGUCUGUUUUGGUGAUAUAUUAGAGAGUAAUGGGGAAGCUAUUAGGGUAGGCGCCGUUGGAUUGCUUUUGCUUAAUGAAAGGAAUGCAGGGAAUGAAGUUUUACCCCAACCCUACUUGCUUCCUGCUGCUAAUGUUGGCUUUGAGGAUGGCAAUUACAUUUACAAUUACAUCCGCAGCACCAAGUCUCCUACAGCUUAUAUUUCCAGAGUGAUAACAGAAUUGGGUGUGAAGCCAGCUCCAAAUGUGGCUUUAUUUUCAUCUAGGGGCCCCAAUCCUAUUGAUCCGGCAAUCCUCAAGCCUGAUAUCACUGCACCAGGAUUCAACAUCAUAGCUGCUUAUACUGAAGCCGUAUCUGCUACAGGUCUAGAAUCUGACACACGAAUAACUCCUUUCUUUUCCAUGACUGGCACUUCAAUGUCAUGUCCUCAUGUUGCUGGCCUAGCUGGGCUGCUCAAAGCCCUUCAUCCUGAUUGGAGCCCAGCUGCUAUAAAGUCAGCAAUCAUGACCUCAGCCACUUCAACAGAUAACUCUAGAAAGCCUAUCCAGGACUCGUCAUUGAACGAGGCAACUCCAUUUGACUAUGGUGCAGGGCAUAUUAAACCUAACAGUGCUGUGGACCCUGGACUUGUGUAUGACCUGAAUAUUACUGAUUUUUUGAACUAUUUGUGUGGUCGUGGCUACAACAGUUCCCAGCUUAAGAUGUUCAACCACAAGCCUUACACUUGUCCAGAGUCGGUCAGUUUAGCAGAUUUCAAUUAUCCAGCAAUCACAAUUUCUGAGUUUGGCCCUGGAAAUUCUGUGAAUGUCUCUCGAACUGUCACUAAUGUUGGGUCCGGAAGAAGCACUUAUAUGGUACGCAUAAAAGCGCCACCACAUGUUGAAGUUUCGGUGGAGCCUAGGAAACUGAGGUUCAAGAAAAAGGGUGAAAAGAAGGAGUUCAGAGUGGCAUUGACCUUGAAGAAAACUGAAAGCACCACUGAUUUCGGAUUCGGAUGGUUGACGUGGACCGAUAAGAAACACCAUGUUAGGAGUCCCAUUGCAGUUAACAUGACACAAGUGAGAUGAGAUUUAUGU